AUGAGAUUAAAUCACCUUAAAAAUAUUGAACAGUUUUCAAUGAGAAGCAAAUUUUUGUGCGCCUUUUUGUCAUGGCCUUCAACCAAUUGUGUUCAUCGAAAGCAAUACGUCAUAGAAAUAUUGAUAGCUAUAGCUAAGUUUAAUAUUGGCAAGAUGCUUAAUUUUCAUCUUUAUCAUCUAUUAUACUUCUACAAAGAUAGCAGGUUGCUAGUUUAUAAUCUGAUUCAGUCCCUACUCUAA